CUCUUUCUCCUUCCAAAACCGGUCGAUCACACCUGUUAGGGCCCCUAGGCUUAAACAACUUUCAGGAUGUCGACCUCCGAGCUGGCCUGCACUUACGCCGCCCUGAUUCUCCACGACGACGGUCUGGAGAUUACCGCGGACAACAUCAACACCAUCUGCAAGGCCGCUGGUGUUGAGGUCGAGGGCUACUGGCCCGCCCUGUUCGCCAAGCUGUUCGCCAAGAAGAGCAUGGACGACCUCAUCACCAACGUCGGCGCUGGUGGCGGUGCCGCCCCUGCGGCCGCCGCCCCCGCUGCCGGCGGUGCCCCCGCUGCUGGCGCUGCUCCCAAGAAGGAGGAGAAGAAGGAGCCCAGCGAGGAGGAGGACAUGGGCUUCUCCCUGUUCGACUAAGCUAGCGGCCUGCGGACGUGUUCUGUAACGCGGUGUUGUUACAUUGUUUCCGGAGCCUCGAGCCACUUCAGAUGAAUUGCAGCUUAUGCAAUGAGAGCGCAGAUUAUACUGCAGGCAGCAGCAGCGUUUCAGGUGGUCCUGUGGUGGCCUCAGCCCAGCCUCAAGCAGAAUGCCGCCAGAAUGCGGCCAGCAACGGACUCGCGAGGCGAGUUUGGCUAUGCAGACACUGUGCCGAGCAGUGCUCUCUAGUGCAUGUGGAGGGAGGCUGGUGCCUUUCACUGGAGCGGGAGCUGCCGCUGGAGGGGCUGCUGGGUGGGGUCGGGAGUGCGCGUGGGCACUGCCACGCAACACGAGGGGCUUGGCGCAGUUAUGGCCAGAGACAGGAG